GAACAGUAAACUGUAAAGAAGUAUUAGCAGCGUGUGAUUGAUACAGCUGUUUUAAACUGCCUUUAAAUUUAGCAUAAAAGUGUGUUUGUUCAAGAGAUGCGUUACCCUUUUUUUCCAUUCCCACCUGUAGCAGGGGUUGACGCUGUGUCCAGUCAACUCAAAGGAAGUCAACGAAAGCUGCGAUCGUGCUAAACUCUGAAACUUGGAUUGAACUCCGACUGAAGUUUAGGGAGCAGAGGAGCACUAAUCGAACAGUUGAAGCAUCGAGACUUGUCUUGAGAAGAGGAAAAACCGCGAGACGCGAGCGCUUCCUCUCUCUGACCACGAUCAUGGGCACCAUGCGCUCCUCGCCGUGUGCGUAAGCUGCUGUGGAGGAGCCACACAUUAUGAGACGCCAUGGCAUGGUGUGAGCGAGGGGUUCAGACUUUGCUGGCCAUCGUAGGGGCCUUCGCCGCGUUCAGUCUCAUGACCAUCGCCAUCGGCACCGACUACUGGCUUUACUCGCGGGCGUACAUCUGCAACGCCACUAAUGCCUCGGCGGACGACACCCAGAUGCAAACCAAGAAAGUCAAAGGCGACCUGACGCACUCCGGGCUGUGGAGGAUCUGCUGUAUCGAAGGUAUCAACAAAGGAAGCUGUUUUCGGAUCAAUCAUUUUCCAGAGGAUAACGACUACGAUACAGACAGCUCAGAGUACAUCUUACGUAUAGUGCGGGCAUCGAGCCUCUUCCCCAUUCUCAGCAACAUUCUGCUUAUGUUGGGUGGCCUGUGUGUCGGGGUUGGACGCGUCUACAACAAUAAGAACAACAUCCUUCUCAGCGCUGGCAUCCUGUUUGUUGCUGCAGGCCUGAGCAACAUCAUCGGCAUCAUUGUCUACAUCUCCAGCAACGCCGGAGAUCCAAGUGACAAGAAAGACGAGGACAAGAAGAACCACUACAGCUACGGCUGGUCCUUUUACUUCGGGGCCCUCUCCUUCAUCGUGGCUGAAUCAGUGGGUGUCCUGGCAGUCAACAUAUAUAUCGAGAAAAACAAAGAGACACGCUUCAGAGCCCAGAACUUCAUCAAAGCCACCUCCUCCUCUUCGCCAUACUCUCGCAUCCCAAGUUACCGCUACCGACGAAGGGGCUCACGCUCAAGCUCAAGGUCGAGUGAACCGUCCCGCGAGCCCUCCCCAGUAGGAAGGAAGAUGAGAGGAGGGAGCGGCGGAGGACGAGGAGAAGGAGGAGGGUUGGGGAUGGGUUUGCCAAUGGGGGAUAUAUCCUUGUACGCCCUCAGUAGGGACCCUCUGAAGGGCGGAGGUGCUGCUGCAGGGCCCUACAGUCCAGAGAGGGACUCUGGGUUUUUACAAGUCCACAACUGCUUCCAGAAAGAUCUGAAAGAUGGAGGGAACAGGAGGACCACGCCGGUAUGAGGUCAGGAGUGCAUCACUGUGUAAAACAAUAAGCUUGAUGGGACACAUUAGAUGUUGUACAGUUGAUGAGAAAGGACAAUUCCUCCCCGGGGCUGUUCUCAGUGUUGAAAGGUCAGGGCUCAAAAUAGUUUUUCCUGUGCGUCCCUCUGUGACAGAAAAGUGCCAAUCUGUGUGUCAUUUGGAGGAAGAGGGACAGGUGGUAUCAAAAUAACUUUUUAUGAUAUGACUCGAUAUCUAAAAAGUUGACAAAGACAUUUUGUAGCAACAUGAUACCCUAUUUUAUGAGUGGCUUCUCCUCUUACACAAAGACUGAAACUGCUGUACCAAUUCCAGUAUUCUUUAAAGGAUAAUUGCCUGAUCAAAUAAUUAAGUUUUUUUUUUUUUUUACUUGAUGCUCAAUAUAAUAUUAUAUAUAUAUAUAAUAUAAUAAUAUAAUAUUAUUCUGGAUAUUGAACUUCAGGUAAUGAUGCUUUUAAAGUAGUGUAAAGUGUUCUGGAAAUAAACUUUUUUCUUUUAUUCUGAGACAAAAACAAACUUUUGUCUGCAAAAUAGUUUCCUAAAAUGAAGUGAUUCAUGUGAUUGUUUGAGUAUUAUUAUAUUGUAUUUGUGAUUUAACACAACUGGUGCUAACUUAAUCAGUACACCUUUGAUAUUUUUAAGCCUUCUCAACUGCCACUUAAAUUCCUCUCGAGCUUGUGUGUGAGUCUGGUGAAAAAUAUGUGUGUUAAGGUAUGUGAAAUGUGUGUUAUGGCCCCGAGACACUGCCACACUAUAUAGAUUUCUGUAGAUAUAUAUCGACAAAUAUGACAAAAGACACAGUAAUGUCAGUACAUUCCAGUAUGCUGCGUGAUGUAUCAGUGUUAACAUUAUAUGAGUGUAGUUUGUUCGCUCAGGGACGAUGUAUGGAACAAAGGAAUCUAACUUUUAGAGAUGUAGAGCUUAUCACGAGAGAGAGCAAAUAUGUUUACGUUUUUUCGUUUUUUUACCUAAGCCAGACAGACUGUUACUGUUGGUGUGUGUAAAAACAGAUGUGAGAUCACGCUGUAUGUGUUGCUGUUAAUUAACAUGACUCAUGUUUCUGCAUUUACUGCUUUUGUGUUCAUUUGUAAUCAGUGCAGAACUUCUAUUUAAAGUAUUUCUGCACUCUUUACCUGUUCUGACAUCGAGAAACUAUUUCAUGUCAUGUGACUUCCUGAACUGGGCAAUUAUUUUGACAUGACAGAUUUUGUAAAAAUGCACUAUUUAGUUAUUCUCUGUAUAGCUUUUGUGAUUAAGACACAAUAAUAAUUCAGUAUUAAAAAAACCUCAAUAUAAAACUACAAAUACAUUUUUCAAGUAACAACAAAAAAAAAAUGGAGAACAGGACAAAUGGGCAGAUGAUGUAACAAUGGGCCCCUGGGCACAGACAUUAAAAAGUCACAACCACCUCUCCUUUGUUGUUGUGUCUAUAGUGAUUUUGUGGAUCAUUGUUUUGUGUCACUGCAUAAUUCUUUUGGUCUUUUUGCCCCUUUUUGUAAUUUCUUUGCUUGUCUCUUACCCCUUAUCGACCAAAGCAGUUUAGGGCUGGUUCAGAUUCGGGGCUAGUGCUGGUUAGCAGUUGAUUAAACUUGCAGACCAGUGCUGAACCUGUUUGCUUUUUCCACAGGCUCUAGAGUCACGUCCUUGCAUCACUGUUAACGUCUAUAUCUGAGGAGGCCUACAAUAACGGCAAACUACAUGUCUCUCCAACACAUCUGUGCUGCUCAAUUUAAUCAUUAUGGACGCUGAAUACAUUCUUAUUAACACUGAAUGUAAAACUUAAUGUUGGACUUUGUUGUAAGCUAACUAGCCCGCUAAUGUUAGCAUGCUAGCGAUUGCCUGCUAGUGAUUGCCCGCUAGCGAUUGCCCGCUAGCGAUUGCCUGCUAGCGAUCGCCCACUAUUGUUAGCACACUACUUCGCCCAUAUCAAUCACAUUGCAAUUAAACAAAUCAAAUAAAUGAAUGAUAAAUGUUUUAGUUGGUCUCUCUCAACGGCACCAAGUCUUAUUGGUCUUCUUUGACCAGGUCUUGGUCUUGCUAGCCCACUAAAGUUAACACACUAGCUCGCCCGUAUCUGGUGGAAAAUUCACAAUUGGGCACCGGGCGGGAACCGGCUCUGGUCAAAAAGCCUUAUUUUUUUGUUCCAUUUUAUAGUCGUUGUCAGUCUGUGAUCUUUUUGUGUGUUUCUUUGCAGCUGAUGGCAUCUUUUUGUAGUUGUUUUGGUCUCUUUGCAGUCUUUUUGUGUCUCUUUGUAGUAAUGUUUUUGUUUUUUAAUCAUUCCUUUCUCUAACCAGUCUCUUCCUAGUUAGUAGCCUACAUGCCCCCAAACACUUUGGGCCACCUAUGCACAGUAGGCAAAUUUAGUUGGCCUAAUCCAUUUUGGCAAAUUACAUUGACUUUACAAGCACAUUGUAUGAUAUAGUUUGUCCUGUAAGGUUUCUGUGAAUCUCUAUUACAAAGUAUUCUGGGACCAAACUGAGCCAGUGUUGGAUGGAUAAUUAAGUUCUAUCUUUCCAACUGAGCAAAGAGCAGUCUUGUUAUUCACAGUUAAUGCUAUUAGAUUCAAUCAUUUGGAUGCUAAGGGCAAAUACAUCUGGGAUAUCUUGCCAAUGACUUCUAACCAGAAGUUUUAAAGCAGUGUCUAGAACCAGGUUUCCUAAUUUUAGGAAUUUUUAGCAACUUAGGAAUCACGGUUAACUUUAUUUGGUUGUGGCUUUAUGCAGAAAUAUGAGAAUUGGUCCAAUGCGUUUGUUUUUCUCUAUAGAGGAAGUAUUUUAGGUAAUGACGCGGGGCUGAUGGGCCCGCUAUGCCCUGCUAUGAAACUGCAUGGCAGACAGUCGGGCAACCACAGGGUGUUAAAGGAAAUCGGCAUCAGCCAACUUAAUGCUUGACUGAACUAACCGGCUCCCAAAUGCUCAUCCAGACUUCAAAAAGCUUUUCUCCUUGUCUCCGAAUAAGAGCCGGAGCAGAGCGAGCAUCGUAUGUGUGUGAGAGGUUAGUAAAAGUUCAAAUUACUCAUUCUUUGUAUAGCUCACGCUCGACUGGGAUCCACGUCAGCUUCAUGGUUUGUUUCCCUGUUGAAUAUUUUUAGAAGCAGCUGGAAUUGGUUUAAUUUGGUUGUUGGUUUGUGAAUCAGUGUCACGGUGGUUGCCAUGCGUAUUGGUCAUGAUAGGCUGUGUACUCUGUUAUCAUUCAAGUCACUGAUGUGGAGAAGGGGAAGCCUUGAAUUAGAAUAGACUUAUUUUCAUUCUGUAUGUGUGUGUGUUAUGUAUCGUUAUGCCAAAUUGGUGUGUUGACCUUGUUUCCCAUUACAGCCCUGAAUUUGAGCAAUUCUUCUUCACCCCUCUCCUCUGUCCAUCACCCAGGCUGUUAAGCCCUGUGAAUUUGAAUGCCAUGGACCCUCACUGGUAUUUUCAUCCACAAUAAAGCCGCACCCCCACUCCCUCCUGUAGUGCGCCAGUGAAAAUUCUUCCCGGUAAUUGAGAGGGAAAUGGCAGGGUCACCUCUCCAUGCAGUCAAAGAACUAGCCAAGGUGCUUGUUAGCAUCGGUGCCUCGCUGUGCAGGAUGGAUAAAAUAACGAUUUGGGGUCUCAACUCAGGUUCUGCCUUUGUAACUUGAUUUGCUGGCGUGACAAAUGGUCCAGCACACUUUAUGGCUCAGCUAUCUUUAUACUCCAUCUGACACACCCAAAGCCAUGAGAAAGCAUUUAUAGCCAGCUGUGAUUUAUUUUAAAAGCAAUUUAUUGGCUGUAAUUUUAGUAAUGAAAAGCUGCUCAAAGAUAUUUUGGAUGUGGCUACAGAUCACAUGUCUCCUCUUGUGACACUUGGAGACAGAUGAAGGAUUAUUGUUGGACUUACAAUACAAAUACAACUAUAACUGGGGGGUUUAAAUGUUACAACAAUUUGUAUACAAACGGGAAAUAUAUUUUGUAUUAACUGGGGCCAAUGACUGUCACUAGAUUAGAUUUCCUCCGUUAAAUAAUGACUCAAUUUUAAGGCUUUAAAGAUGAUAUGUGCACAUAUAGAAUAUAAUUUGUGUCAUCUAAAACCACUCAUGUGACUAACUAGUAUCAUGUCUGAUAGUAUAAUAUCAUAAAAUGGCCAAGCCACCAAUGGUCAGCCAUCUAAUUCAUUUACAAUCUCAAUUCCAAAGAAGUUGGGACAUUGUAAAACUCAAAUAAAAAACCCACCUGCCAGUAUAGGUUUACCAAAAGAAUUUUGAGCCAGUUCUUAUAACAGAAGUACCGUGAGACCAAAACACAUGUACGAAGCUUCAUCUGAAAGGUAACAUCUUGUAGUUUCUGCAGCUGUUUAGCAUGUGGCUAAAACACAACCAAAGCUACAUCAGUUAAAACAAACAAAAUAUUUUUUUGGUCAAACCCUAUCCUUACUGGCUGGAUGACAGGUGGGUUUUAAGAGUUUAAGUAUAGUUUUUUUUUCAAUGUAAUAUAUGUAACAAAGGAUUAGCAAACUAUCACACUGUCUUUUAUUUUACCUUUAGACAAGGUCCCAACUUUUUUAGAGUUGAGGGUAUAUGAGGCACUGUUUCAUCAGCAGCUUAGUUUAAUGUUAUAUGAUUAUACUGUUUAUUAGCACAAUGUGUAUCUCCCAGUUACAGGAUGAAUGUAAAAAGCCAGAUACGAUUUCCUCCUGAGAGAUCCAAUCUCCACAGGCGCGCUCUCUCUCCUCCCAAGUUUGCUUUGAAAAUUUAAAGUGGUUAAGGUUUCUCCCCAGCAGGCGGCUUGGUUCCUCACUCCCUGUUGAUAUAUCGGUGCCAUACUGUCGAUCCAGGAACCACAGGCAUCCAUUAGCAUGACAUCUGUCACUGUGCUAAGACUGGAUUUAGCCAGCAGCACUUGGAGCUUAACCUUUUUCAUCUGCUAUGACACUUGAAAAACAACAGAUUGUGAUGGUAUAAUGUAGCAAAUUAUUUUUAAAAUGUUGUUUAACUGAUAACAGGCAGAAAUCACUUAUUAUAACCCGUGAAUUAAACAAGGUUAACCUCUAAAUACAAGAGGAGAUCAUAAUUCCUCUGCUGAAAUUCAGCAUUGAAUACAUUUUUUCCCCCCAUAAUAAAUAUAAACAAAGUUAAAAAUCACACAUUAAGUUCAAAUACAACUGAACGUAACAUGUUUUUCCACUGAUGCCCAUUAAAGGUUUUUGUUACAAUUCAAUUAGUUCACCAUGAAUGAAAAAAAGUGUGUACAAUAUCAAUUCAGCCAGUAAGAUUUCAAGGUGGUAAAUUGUUACAGAAGAGAACUGGGGUUCUGGUUAUGAUAAUUUACAUCAUAAUUGUGAGCUUGGUGCAGAACUGUGUUGCAUUCUUUUAAGUCAUUGUAUCUAUAAGUGUUCUUCAUAAACCCUCAACCCUCUAUGGUCUGCGCAAAAUACUUAUAUUGUCUGCUUUAGUUGACGACUUGUAUUUUCAG